UGCUUGUAAAGUCGCAAGUGAAGUAGCAGUGUUUAUUCUGCAGUUCUCAGGCAGCCAGGCUGUCUUAGGCAGAUCUUGAUAAACUAGCCUGAUCCAGGUUUUUAUCUCAGGAAUCCCAACAGGACUGGAGGAUGGAGGGGCAGCCCAGGUUUCUGUCUGAGAAGGAUGAGUAUCAGUUUCAACAUCAGGGAGCGGUCGAGCUGCUUGUCUUUAAUUUUUUGCUCAUCCUUACCAUUCUGACAAUCUGGUUAUUUAAAAAUCAUCGAUUCCGCUUCUUGCAUGAAACUGGAGGAGCGAUGGUGUACGGACUCAUAAUGGGAUUAAUUUUGCGAUACGCUACGGCACCGACUGACAUUGAAAGUGGAACCGUCUAUGACUGUGGAAAACUGGCCUUCGGUCCUUCUACCCUGCUGGUUAAUAUCACUGACCAAGUUUAUGAAUAUAAGUACAAGAGAGAAAUAAGCCAGCACAACAUCAGCCCUCACCAGGGAAAUGCUAUACUUGAAAAGAUGACAUUUGAUCCAGAAAUCUUCUUCAAUGUUUUACUGCCACCAAUUAUAUUUCAUGCAGGAUAUAGUCUAAAGAAGAGACAUUUUUUUCAGAACCUGGGAUCUAUUUUAACAUAUGCCUUCUUGGGAACUGCCAUCUCCUGUAUGGUCAUUGGGUUGAUUGUGUAUGGUUUUGUCAAGGCUAUGGUAUAUGCCGGCCAGUUGAAAAAUGGAGACUUUCAUUUCACCGACUGUUUAUUUUUUGGUUCAAUGAUGUCUGCUACAGAUCCAGUGACAGUGCUGGCCAUUUUCCAUGAACUGCAUGUCGACCCCGACCUGUACACCCUCUUGUUUGGAGAGAGCGUGUUGAAUGACGCAGUGGCCAUCGUCCUUACGUAUUCUAUAUCCAUUUACAGUCCCAAGGAGAAUCCAAACACGUUUGACACCGCCGCAUUCUUCCAGUCUGUGGGGAAUUUCCUGGGGAUCUUCGCUGGCUCGUUUGCAAUGGGGUCUGCGUAUGCCGUUGUCACAGCACUGUUGACCAAAUUUACCAAACUGUGCGAGUUCCCAAUGCUGGAGACGGGCUUGUUUUUCCUCCUGUCUUGGAGUGCCUUCCUGUCCGCCGAGGCUGCCGGUCUAACAGGGAUAGUCGCUGUGCUCUUCUGUGGAGUCACGCAGGCACACUACACCUACAACAAUCUGUCAUCAGAUUCCAAAGUGAGGACUAAACAGUUGUUUGAAUUUAUGAACUUUUUGGCUGAGAACGUCAUCUUCUGUUACAUGGGCCUGGCUCUGUUCACCUUCCAGAACCACAUCUUUAAUGCUCUUUUUAUACUGGGGGCCUUUCUAGCAAUUUUUGUUGCUAGAGCCUGCAACAUAUAUCCCCUCUCCUUCCUCCUCAAUCUGGGCCGGAAGCAGAAGAUCCCCUGGAACUUCCAGCACAUGAUGAUGUUUUCAGGCUUGCGAGGAGCGAUCGCGUUUGCCUUGGCGAUUAGGAACACCGAGUCGCAGCCCAAACAGAUGAUGUUCACCACCACGCUGCUCCUCGUGUUCUUCACCGUAUGGGUGUUUGGAGGGGGAACGACGCCCAUGCUGACCUGGCUUCAGAUCAGAGUUGGUGUGGACCUGGAUGAAAACCUGAAGGAGGAGCCCUCCUCAUACCAGGAAGCAAAUAACUUGGAUAAAAACGUGACUAAGACGGAGAGCGCGCGCCUCUUCAGGAUGUGGUACGGCUUCGACCACAAAUAUCUGAAACCAGUUUUGACCCACUCUGGUCCUCCACUGACCACCACCUUACCUGAAUGGUGCCGUCCGAUUUCCAGGCUGCUCACCAGUCCCCAGGCCUACGGGGAACAGCUCAAAGAGGACGACGCAGAAUGCAUAGUGAACCAGGAUGAACUAGCCAUCAAUUACCAAGAGCAAAGUCCCUCCUCCUGCAGCCCUUCUGCAAGACCAGCCCUGGACCAGAAAGCUUCACCCCAGACUCCGAGCCAGGAAAACAUUUAUGAGGGAGACCUUGGCCUGGGAGGCUUCGAACUCAAGAUUGAGCAGACUCCAGGUCAAUCCCAGAUGAAUUAAUUGGCAUGAAGAGCCCAGCUAUAAUCACAAGUGAGGCAGGCUUACUGAGGAAUGCAAGCCAGACGGAAAAGGGAGAAGCUGGAAAAUGCAUGAAGAGCAUCAAUUGGAGAGAAUCAAAACCUUGUCAGGCGUAUCCUCUGGCGCCUCCGGAACUGAGAAGUCUGUAUCAUCCCUGUCUAUUAUGCAACUGAACUUGGUUGUUUGACAGCAGCCGUGUUUAUUACUGGGUUGGGCGGGAUGGGGGCGGGGAGGCGGGAGUCCCGCUGCUGUCAGGGUGAAGCAGGUGUGCUGAGCCCGGGGGUGCAGCUGCUCCGCAGGCAGCUCUCUGGGACCUGCACUUGGAUUUCAAAUGUUAUUCCCUUCACUGGGAAGAGUUUAAAAAUCAGAAAAAGAGCUCUGAGAGUAAACACUUUGUGCCUAAGCCUAAGGAAAUGGCCAGUUGUUUAUUCAGUGGUGAGUUUUGUAUUUUGGGGACUCAACUUCCACUUGUUCUAAAUGACCCGAGGAGUAUGUGCAUUCAGCACCCACUGUUGGUGGCCUCAAAGAAUCCACACAGCGCUGGGGACCGACUGUUCUUGUCGACAUCCUUUUCAGGCUGCUUCUCCCAUUACUGCUGGGUGUGGUGAUGCCAAAUGCAGGGCCACUUUCCAGCGUGAUCAGACCCCUACCCGGGAUGAUCUCUCUUCCAAAUGCCACGCUUCACCUGAAGAACUGGCGUUCAUUCCUUGCUUGCACAUGAACCACUCCUUGGCUCUGCCGCGGGUCCCCUCUGCAUGCUGGGAGAUAGGGCUGCUCUCCACCAGGCGGGAAGCUGUGCAGGAGCCCCAACCUGCCCUCUGGUCCCAGAAUUCACAGCUGCGAGCAGCCAGGGGCAGAGAGAGCAAGCUGACCAGUGUGGACCACACUGAGGGGUCAGGACAAGGCACCAGGGCCCCGCCUUACAAGGCAGGGCUGAUGGCCCACAUUCCGGAGACCAACACAGUCGCUUUUAAUUCAGCUGCAUGCCCUGUGCCUUUGAAGCCAUAAAGAUACCUCAAAGCUCGCUUCUCGUGAAAUAUAGAUGUCAACAUCGGACUCCAAAGAGCAGGCUCACGACUCAGGUGCCUGGGCUCUGAUGGGUCUGCUUUUGAGGAAGGAGGAGUGACGUCUUCCUCAGGCUCAAAGCUUAAAGUAACGCAUGCUUUGCUGACCGUUCGGUGGGCCUUAAACAUUACCCUUGCUGGUGUCAGGGAGUCCGCUAUGCCGCUAGGCACAUGGACUUUUUAUUUUUGCUUUCCAAAUAGUAGAAUCUGAGGUGCAAGCUGUUUUAUUCUCAACUAGGUAUAUUCUUGUCAUCCCAGGUAAAUAUGGCAAGUGGGGCAGCAUGAAGUUUUCUAAUUUGACUUCAUCCUAAUAAAAUUUUGUUAUAAACUCC